GUGAACGACAGUGAAGUCCCCGUCCCGUCCGCCCGGGCGGGGACGACCUGCGGAGAGCUGGAUGACUUCACAUGUGGCCGGUGCUUCCCCACCGGACGGUCUGUGUGUGGGGGAGAGUCGGUGGGGGUGAACAUUGACGAAGGUGGGGCGGAUUAAAACUGCACCAUUCGUGCCCCUGCGCUACUGGGGCAGGAGGUGAUGCUCCUCAACACCCUCAUAGCUGCCUGCGACUGCGCCUGUGCAGAAUACACUCUGCUGACGUGUAUCGGCGCCGCUCCGCUCGAGCCAUCGCAGAGUUCUCGACGCCGAGUCCCGUGGAUUGGAGGAUCUGACCUGCGAAGGUGCGUGGGGCUGCAGCUGGGCUCUUUUGAGACACGCCACGAUGAGUGUGGAAGUGGAGAGAAAGUUCAUAUGCAAUGCUGAAACUCUGAAGACUCUGGAGGAGAUCGGAGCUGUCUGUCUUGGUCAGCGACAGUUUCAUGACCAGUAUUUUGACAAUCCCCAGUUUGACCUGACCUUGAGAGACAUGUGGCUGCGUAAACGUAAAGGAUGCUGGGAGCUCAAGUGUCCAACAGUAGCAGUCGGCGGGACAGAAGCGAUGAGUGGGGAGCAAAGUAAAGCGGCAGCGCUGUGCACUCGCUACAAGGAGAUAACCAGCCUGCAUGACAUCCAGCUGAGAGUGACGGAGGUUAUCAAAGACGUUUGUGAGGACGGAGACACAGAGGCAGCCUCCUCACACCAGGACGAGUCUUGGCUGGGCAAAAUUAAUCUGGUAUGCUUUGCGGAGUUUACAACAGUGCGGAGGUCAUUCACUUUAGAGGAGGAGGGGGUGCAGAUAGAUCUGGACCAGGCCGACUUUGGCUACCAUGUGGGGGAGGUAGAGGUGCUCGUACCAGAGGGAGGAGAUGUGCAGGCCGCUCUGGAGAAAAUUGAAAGAACAGCUCGAAGGCUGGGUCUGACUGGAGAACAACAGCGAGUUGAAGGAAAAAUGGAUGUUUACCUUAAAAGGAAUCACCCUGAGCACUACGCAAAAUUGCUAAGUGUGCACAUUUUAUGAAAGACCAAUGUUGGUUUUUAACAUAUGGACAGUCAUAUCUGUAAAUAGAGGUAUUAUGAGAAAAACAUAAUAAAAAUGUGCCCGCAGCUUUAGAGAGGCUCAAAGUGGACCUGGCUCUCCCAAGACAUUUAAACGUUAGUAAGCAGCAACAGACCUCUCCUCUCUCCCUGACAUUCUUGUCCCAUGUGCUGCAAACAACAGCUGUGUUUUUGUCUGGUUAUAAUGUGGAGUGUGAGAAUACUGUUAAUACUGUGAAUACAUGGGGUGACAUGCUCUCCAUUUACAGUAACUGUGUUGUGUUAAAAACAGAUAUAAAACAUGUAAAAAAUCCACAUUAAAAAAAUCUUCAUAUCCA